AGGAGGAGGAGGAGGAGGGGAGAGAGCAGUCUGAAGUGGUGGUGAGGCGGACGGAGGAGAGGGGAGCGGGCGGAUUGUCCGGCGAUGAAUUGCCGCCAUGUCCAGACCUGCUGGCUCGAGACCGCAGAGCGAGCAGCACACCGACUCGAGCCACGUCAAUCGUGACGACGACCGGUUCGGGCGGUGCGCUCGAGUCCGGCCCGCCGGCCAGAGGCGAGACGGCCGUCGGUGGUGUCGGGCAGACGAGCCUCUACUCCAGACUCUAUUUCUACCCGCAAGCCUGGCAACAGCAGCAGCAGCCUCGUCAAGAGGAGGUGACUGAUCCGUUUCACGAUCCGACAGGCCGACGCGACGCCCAGCGACGGAGGCCGGAGACGGCGAAGAGCAUCGAAACCGGCGCCUCUCUCUUCGUGCCGGCCUCGCCGACUUCCCCCAACCCC